AAUCCUCCCGCCGUGCGUGGCCGCCUCCUAGUAUAGCAUGGUAGGCGAUCGAUUUCCCGGCACCACAGGAAAAGGGGAAACCAAUAAGGCAGAGCCUCUCCCUAGCUCCCUCCCUAUAACAAAGCCGCGAGAGUCUCGGCGCGGUCGAGAAAAAAGGAUCCGGAUCGGAGCCGAACAGAGGGAAGGAAGAAUAAUAAUGGUGGGGGGCGGCGAGCAGCAGAGCCAGAGCGUGGCGGCGGCGGUCCGGCCGUCGCUGGCGAAGGCGCCGUCGCCGUCGUUCCGGCUGCGCAACGGCAGCCUGAACGCGGUGCGGCUCCGGCGCGUGUUCGACAUGUUCGACCGCAACGGCGACGGCGAGAUCACGGUGGACGAGCUGGCGCAGGCGCUGGACGCGCUGGGCCUGGAGGCGGACCGGGCCGGGCUGGCGGCCACCGUGGGCGCCCACGUCCCCGAGGGCGCGUCCGGGCUCCGCUUCGAGGACUUCGAGGGCCUCCACCGGGCCCUCGGCGACGCGCUCUUCGGCGCGCUCGCCGACGACGGGGAAGACGGAGGGGAAGGCGGCGCCGACGGGGAGGAGGAGAUGAGGGAGGCAUUCAAGGUGUUCGACGUGGACGGCGACGGGUUCAUCUCCGCCGUGGAGCUGCAGGAGGUGCUCAAGAAGCUCGGCAUGCCGGAGGCCAGCAGCAUGGCCACCGUCAGGGAGAUGAUCUGCAACGUCGACCGCGACAGCGACGGCCGCGUUGACUUCGGCGAGUUCAAGAUCAUGAUGCAGGGGAUCACCAUCUGAUCGAGCCUCGUGAACGCCUUCUUCGAUCCACCAUCGAUCGGUUGUUCUUCCCCACGCGAAGAACAGCCACCGUUUAUCUAAAGCUUGGAAACCAAGACAGAUAUUUCUAUAUUGUUCGUCCACGAUCGAUAUGCUCCGAUGCAAAUGCGCAGCCGAGGCGAUCGUAUGAUCAGUACUAGGUUUACUUUCGUCUCUAAUUAAUCUCCGUGGUUCAGACUACACUACGGAAGCAUAUAUUUCUUGUGCCCUUGUGUCGCCUGUCUAAUUCUGUCAUGGUUCUGUGUUAACUUGUUGUUGCCCUUGUUGACUAAUCCAGCGGCUUGAUCAAAA